AUGUGGAACUGGUUUAAAUCUUCUCCUCAACCUCAACAAACAAAUAGCCCAAGUCUCGAACAAAAUAAAAAUCAUACAAUUGAACUUACAACCUUCCAUGAAAAUUGGUCUAUUAACAAUCUAAGUGAAGAUGAUUUUCAUAAGGUUUUUGGAUAUUUAAGUCAAAAAGAUUUAAUGAAAUGUAGACUUGUUUGUAAAACUUGGAAGGACUAUUUAAAAACACUUCCAGAACUGACAGUUACCGAGCCUAAUUCUAAAUUAUCUAGUUUAUUUAGAGAAAUAAAAAGAUUGAAUGUUGACCCUAGUUCUGAAAUGGAUUGUAGUGCAUUAGUUACACGAUUGAGUAAUUUAACUUCUUUGAAAUGUGGUAGAAUUUCACAAGACACAUUAAAUGAACUAUAUACUCUUAAAAGACUUGAAUGUCCAAAUGUUAUACCACCGUAUGGAGUAGAACAAAUAGUUAGUGAGUCUAUUCAAAAUAUUACAAAAUAUACUUCACUUACUUCAUUGCAAAUUUACAAUAUAACUGAUAGUGAUAUUCCUUCUAUUGGAAAAUUAACUGGAUUAAAAAAACUUUCUAUUUCCUCAAAAAAAUUUAUUGGUAAAAUUGAAGAUAUGAUUGAUGUUAGUCAACUAACUUCUCUUGAAAUUUCUAAUGCUCCUCUUGGACCAGAAUUUUAUUAUAAUUUGUAUUUAUUCCCUUAUCUUGUUUUUAUUGGAUUUACUCGUUGUCAUUUACCAAUUAGUGGUGUUUCAGCUCAAACUCCAUUGUCUCAAUUAUCUCCUUCAGAUGGAUUUAUUUAUCUUGCUGGAUGUAAUUCUCUUAGAUACCUUUAUUUAAAUGAGAGUGAAGUUACAAACUAUCAUCUUGAUGUUCUUGCUCGAAUGGAUAAUUUACUUGGAAUAUCACUUAAAGGAUGUCCUACAUUAUCUGAUUAUUCAUUAACUCCAUUUAAAACAGGUCCAAUUCGUAAGUCUCUAGAAGAAUUAAAUAUUUCUGACACUAUGGUUACUCAUAUUGGUCUUCAGAUCAUUGUCCGUUUAAAAUAUUUAAGAGUUCUUGAUAUUUCACGUUGUGAUGGUAUAAAAAUUUUAUCACCAUUAAAUUCUCUGAAAUAUCUUGAAGUUUUAAGAUUAAGUAAUGUUCAUGUCAACUCAGAUACAUUACAAGAUGCUUUUAGAAUACCACCAAAAUACCUUCAACAAUUAUUAGUUGAUGCUAGACCAAUAGAUGACCCAUUGUUAACUGUUAUUUGUAGUAAAUUUCCUAAUCUUGUUUCAGUAAAUUUAAAAGAAAGUCAAAUAACUUCACGAGGAGUUGAGGCAUUACAAAUGGUUAAAUAUUUAAGAUAUGUUGACUUUAGUAAAACAUCUGUUGAUGAUCAGGUCUUUGAAUAUUUGUCUAAAAUAACUUCAUUGGAAACUAUUUCAUUUGAAGAAUGUCAAAAUAUUAGUGGUGAAGGUGUUCAUGUCUUAGAACCAUUAAGAGGUCUUCGUGUAUUAAAUUUUAAUGGUUGUAAGAAUUUUAGUGAAUAUUCCCUAAAAGAGAUGGAAGACCUUUCUGUAGAAACAUUAAGAGUGUCUGGUGCUAAUCAAAUUGGAAUGGAGGCAUGGAAGUAUAUAGCUCAAAUUGAACAAUUAAAACGACUUGAUUUAUCAUUUACUAAUGUAGAAGAUAAUGGAAUACAAGAAAUGUUAAAGAGUAAAUGGUUAGAAGUUAUAUACCUUCGUCAUACAAAAAUAACAGACAAAUCUAUUGAGACAUUACUUUGCUGUAAUUUGAUAAGAAAAAUUGAUGCUAGAGAGACAAAUGUAGAAAAGCAAUAUAACUUUUCUAACUGUAUUGUUAUUACAAAAGACUCUAGCUUUAAACAAAAUACAUUCCCAAUUCGACAACAGUCAACUUCACAUUCCAGUCAUUCCUCAUCUUCUGAUAGUAGUGAAGAUGAUUCAGAGAUUGAAAAUAAAGAAUAA